AUGGCGAUGGAUGGUUUGUGUGAUGGAAAAAUGGACCGGUACGGUCCCAGCAAAACAUCAACAUUACCUUCCGAUCAGCGAUCUCAUACCGGCGAGUGUUCCUACAGUGCAAGCAAAAAAUCAUCUUUAUUUUUACAUCAGAGGAGUCAUACCGGUGAAAAACCGUAUAAAUGCUCUGAAUGUUCCUUCAGUGCAAGCCAAAGAUCAUCUUUAGUUCGCCACCAGAGGAUUCAUAUCGGUGAAAAACCGUAUAAAUGCUCUGAAUGUUCCUUCAGUGCAAGCCAAAGAUCAUCUUUAUUUUUACAUAAAAGGAUUCAUACCGGUGAAAAACCGUAUAAAUGCUCUGAUUGUUCCUUCAGUGCAAGCCAAAGAUCAUCUUUAGUUCGCCACCAGAGGAUUCAUACCGGUGAAAAACCGUAUAAAUGCUCUGAAUGUUCCUACAGUGCAAGCCAAAAAUCAAAUUUAUUUUUACAUCAGAGGAUUCAUACCGGUGAAAAACCGUAUAAAUGCUCUGAGUGUUCUUACAGUGCAAGCUACAAAUCAUCUUUAUUUUUACAUCAGAGGAUUCAUACCGGUGAAAAACCGUAUAAAUGCUCUGAGUGUUCCUACAGUGCAAGCCAAAAAUCAAAUUUUAUUUUACAUCAGAGGACUCAUACCGGUGAAAAACCGUAUAAAUGCUCUGAAUGUUCCUUCAGUGCAAGCCAAAGAUCAUCUUUAGUUCGCCACCAGAGGACUCAUACCGGUGAAAAACCGUAUAAAUGCUCUGAAUGUUCCUACAGUGCAAGCCAAAGAUCAUCUUUAGUUCGCCACCAGAGGACUCAUACCAGUGAAAAACUGUAUAAAUGCUCUGAAUGUUCCUACAGUGCAAGCCAAAAAACAUCUUUAUUUUUACAUCAGAGGAUUCAUACCGGUGAAAAACCGUAUAAAUGUAAUAGAUGUUCCUACAGCGCAAGCCUAAAAUCACCUUUAGUUCGCCACCAGAAGGUUCAUGCCAGUAAAAAGCCAAACCAAUCUUCUGAAUGUUCUUAUAGAGAUAGCCAUGAGUCAAGUUUCAGCUUACCUCCCAGUUCCUCCUUCAGUUAUCAACCAGCAUCUCAAAUGUCUCACCCUGCAGCUCCUCUCACCUUCUCACCUGGUGAGUCUGUCUUCACACCUCCUCCCUCUGUCUCACCUACCUACUCUACAACAAAUCCUCCCCCUCUCAUAUCUCCAGUCAGUACAGUGGUUACGGGGCGUAAAUAA